AACGCCACGGCAUCACCAGUACCUCAAGACUCAUUUACCCCGACUGAUUCGCCAUUGUGUUGUGCACUAUUCCACGGCUACUUCCUAGACGCGCAGCAGCAACAAUGCAGUUUACGGACAUUGCGGUAAACCUGGGCGAUGCCAUGUUCCAGGGCAAGUACCACGGCAAGCAACGUCACCGCGGUGACAUAGAUGAUAUGAUCGCACGCGCGCGGAAUGCCGGCGUGACCCGCCAGAUUUUGACUGGGACGUCGCUGAAGACCUCGCAACAAAUGCGCGCUUACGCCGAGCAGUAUGACCUGCACUCGACUGCUGGAUGUCAUCCGACUUCCACUGCUGAGAUCGACAAGUACCGCGGUGGCGAGGAAGCGUAUUUUAGCGCGCUCAAGGAGCUCAUCGCGUCCGACCUGCAAACCAAGCGUAUCGUCUCGAUCGGCGAAGUCGGGUUGGACUACGAUCGCCUGCGUUUUGCACCGAAAGAGACGCAGCUCAAGCACCUUCCUCGGCUGCUGCUCCUGUCCAAGGAGUACAACCUCCCACUUUUCCUGCACGACCGUCAUCCCGAGGCGCAUAGAGACCUUGUGCGCAUCAUGAAGGAGGUCGGAUUCGGGCCGGACUGGGCGGGCGGCGUCGUGCACUCGUUCACAGGCACGGUGGAGGAGAUGAAGGAGCUCUUGGACAUGGGGCUGUACAUCGGCGUCAACGGGUGCUCGCUCAAGACGCAGGAGAACAUCGACGUGGUCAAGGCCAUCCCGCUUGACCGGCUCAUGCUCGAGACGGACGCGCCCUGGUGCAGCGUGACCACCGGCCACGUGUCGUUCAAGUAUCUUCCCAAGGACCUUGUCGUUGUCGAGAGGGUCAAGCCUGAGAAGUUUGUUGAGGGCAAGGGAGUGAAGGGCCGGAACGAGCCGGCUGACGUAAGUUCCGAGUUCUUAAAAGCUGACGGCCAGGUCGUGCUUAUCGCGCACAUCGUCGCCAACAUCCGUGGCGAACCUGUGGAGAAGGUAGCGCGUGCGGCGUUCGACAACACGACGCGACUUUUCUAUCCGGACCAGGUUCAGGACGGCAAGGACGUCCUGUAGUUUGAAGUUCAAGCGAGUCCAGAAUAAAGCCAUUGGAGCGCCCCUCGCUGUCGUGCUGGCCUCAGUAUCUCCGCUUCACGCGAUCGAGCCCCACCCUAGCUCGAGGGGCGGAGAAGGGGUUCCCGGGCGCCCAGGCGACGCCCACGUACAUGGCUGGUGGACUGUUCCUUACAACUCUUAGACGUGGGGCGGUUCGUUCCGUUCGCGGAAUGCAGACAGUCCGUGCAGCAUACACUACUGAAGCGAUAUGCACGUAACGCUGGUGAGGGAAUGCUUGAAUGUGGGUGGUUGAAUCAGUAGUGAGCACACAGGUGCAUGGUGCAUUGGCGAGCCCCCGGCUUUCGACACUGCCCAGCUCGGCACU